UACACCACAUGACCACAGUCGCGUCGCGCCGUUAGUGUUGUUGCCGAGAGAAUGGUAUUAUGUGCUCCUAAGUGCUUAUUUAAAAUAAUAAUUACCUGUAAUUAAUAAUUGUGGUUAAUAAAUAAAUAAAUAAUUUAUUUAUUAAAAAGAAUAAUAAAUACAUGUGGAAUAGUGGUACCUGUUUGUGUCUUACGGAUGCUCCUGGUAUUUCAAAGUUACUCGAUAAAAUCACCAGAUCUUAGUAAAGAUCUCGGUACCUGGAGUACCAGCAUCAGUAAUAAUUUAUAAUUAUUUAAUAUUAUAUAAUAAUAAAUAAAUAAUUGAUUUAAAAUGCCUUGCUCGGCGGUGACACUAUCUCUGGCGACCAUAACCGGCAUAAUCGCGACGGCACUUCUUGCAAUAGCAUUUUCCACGGAUAACUGGCUUUACACGGAGGUCAAACGCGCCCAAAUACAGCAAUAUGCGUCGAAAAAUGGCGAACAAAAUCACAUUGUUGAACAGAUGAACUCGAAAUUCUAUUACUACACAAGAACGCAAGGACUCUUCAGGAUAUGUUACCCGAAAGAACGCCCUCCGAAAGUUGAGACCUACCUCAGUCCCGUGGAAACUCAUUGUAUGAAUGUCGACUACUUCCUCCCAGAUUCUGAAAAUGAAACCCGGGGAUUCUCAGAUGAUGCCAUGGCACGACUCCACAUGGGAAGAUCGGUAAUCGCUCUCUUUAUUCUGGGAUUCCUCGCGAUCUUUAUCGCAUUCUGGACCGGAGUCGUCGGAUGUUGGAGAAGAUCUCACGGAAAUGUCACUGCUACAGCGAUACUUAUGCUGCUUGCCUGCUUACUGAGUGCUGGCGCAAUGGGAAUUUGGCAUGGUGUUGAGUACUACGAGAAAGAAAAAAUGGUGGGCGAAGAAUACUAUCAACAAUGGAGCAACGUGUUGAAGAAUAACGUAGCCCAGUGGUAUGACUGGUCAUUUUAUUUAGCCUGGCUGGGAGUCGCAGCGUGUUUUGCGACGAUGACUCUCUUCUUGAUAGCGGCUUCCUGCUUGAGGAAGGAGCGAGCGCGCGAGCAGGCCGCAAACAUUCAGUACAUAAUGCCAGUGUAUCCACAAAAGCAGCAAUACGCUUACGCCUCAUAUCCUGCACCAGCGGCUUAUCCAGGUCCUUACUACCACGGCUCUCAAUAUGGACCUUACAAUUAUUAGAAGAAAGACUGUACGAUAAGCCGGGAAUUUAUUGACACAAUUAUUUCACAAAUUCUAUUCAUCUAAAUGACUAAACAAAGAAUGUCAUUUCUUCUCUAGUUAAUUCAAUUGCAAUUGAUUAUUUUAAAACUUGAAACAUAAAAAAAUUUUUUGUUAAAAAUUAUUGUCCUAGUACUUAAUAACUACAUAGAAUUUUUUAUAUUAUAUAAAUAAUAAAUAUAUAUAAUGUUAACAUAUAUAAUAUGUAUGAAUGUAAUAACGUGUAUUUAACGGUUAGUUAAUAAUAUUAAAAUAAUAAAUUUAAUAAGACGGCUGAUCUUGCUCAAAAUGGCUCGGUCUUUUAGGAUUCAUGUAUUUUUAAUAAUAUUUUUUUAACGUUAUUGAUAAUUAAUAUAAUAAUUAUCUACUUUGUGCUAAUUUCAACUGUCGUAAUUAUUGUUACGUCAAAAUGAUACUCGAUAGGUGCGAUUAACUAAUGUGAAGAUGAGUAGUAUGUACAUUAUUGUAUUGCACAUGUUUAUAGUUUCGUAGUGU